AUGAACAAGCUUCUACAAGGUGUGCUUAUGGUCCUGCUGACCCUUUGUGUAGUAAUCAGAGAGCUACAUGGGGCCCCAAUGGAGGUAAAAUAUGAAAGGGUCAGUAAUUGGGAUGAAUUUAGUAACAGUCUGAAACUCUCCAAGAAGCUAUUGAAUGAGAGCCGGAACCUGAAAAUUAUCUAUGUGGAAUCAUGGUUGAAGGGGGCCCAUGUAAAUUUCUCCAGAAGCUUGGGAAACCUCCCCUUAGCCAGCAUUAAGAUCAAUGAUUGGCUCAGGCUAAAGGCAGGAGAACGUCUUAGGCUGUUGCAUGAGGGUCUACAGGUGUUUCCAGUGUAUCUGAAGAAGCUGGAGGAGUGGAAGGAGAAGGAAGAUUCUCACCUGAGUGGCGAUGGAUCUAUUCCUUUUGCUAGAAGGAUCAGUAUUGUGCAACUAGACCUUCGAGAUCUUCUGCACCAUAUCAAGAUACAGAUGUCAGUAUUUAAGGUUUCCCCUUCUGAGUCCCUAACUGUGAUGGAACCCUCUUCCGAUGGCAGUGACUGGCACAGCCGUAUUGUGAUGUUCCAGGCCCUACGAAGCAUGGAGCAGUUCCUGUUUCGGGCGGUGAGAGAGUAUACCGCAUUGCGCCACACCACCAGAGAUUAAGAGGGGGUUGGGCUGGGGAGUCACAUGCACAUUAGGCUGGUUAUCCGGCUGACCCCCUUUGAUUCCCACAAGUCCUUAUACAGACACUAUGCAAAAUUUGUACUGGGCACAGGCUGUUGGGAAGUCUGUGAUUGCUGGGAGCAAAAUGUUUUCAUGGCCCAGAUAAGGAGGCAACAUUUGCACUGCAGGGCUCCAUACAACUGAUUGGAUUCUAUAUAAAAUUACCUAGAGCUGAUACAGGAUUCUUCAUAGUGCAAACUACUACUGCAAACAUUGCAGAGCUCAUCCCAUGUUUUUACAGUCAGUACCCAUCCCUGAAAUUCCUUCUACUGCUCCAGAUCUCUUGCUCCUCCUUCUAAAAAAAACAUCCAUCAAACACCUCAUUCUUCUCUAUUAGCCCAUCCCUAUCACCCCUCCUAUUGCUCCAUAUAACCCUCCCUCUAACUCCUCCCAUUGCUCCAUAUAACCCU